AUGAAACGUGAAGCGUUUUUGCAACUUGUGUCUAAAGAGUCCAUUGAAGACUUCUUGCAUUGCAUCCAGAAAGCAAAAAAUCCGUUUGAUCCUUUUGACUUGAAUGAACUUCUUCAAGAAUUGUCAAGAAAGCAGAAAGAAGCCCUAUGGGAGAAACUGACACAGCUAUUGACAGAGAGUUUGAUGGAGAACCCUGUGGAAACCUGGCAGACAACUGGAGAUGGUAGAGGUGAUGAUGACAUGGAAGUCGAGAUAGUUCCAGAAAUUAAACAAACUGCAGAGGUGGUGAAAGGAGUGGCAGCUGUCGUUGCUGCUUCCAUACCUGCAUUGGAUGAAAAUGUAAACCACAAAGUGCUUCUAGAAUGUGGUUUAAUAUUAAACGGUAUUCUUCUUGCAUUACCUGCACCUGAAAAAACCCUACAGGAUGCUAUCCAACGUGUAUGUGAGAUGUGGUGGGAGAAGGGACUGGAAGGGAAGGAACAGCUAGGGAAGACUCUACUCCUCAUUCUGCUAAGAAAAAGCCUAAGAAAAGCUGCUACGGGUGCAGAUAUAGUUCGUGUGUGGGCUCUACAUCAGGCAUUACCUUAUUUUGAUUAUGAUUCCGAGGAGAGUAAUGAAGUCAAGGACUUGUUGCUUCACUGUUUUAUGAGUGCAAAAUACAUUAAGAAAGAAGAGGGAAGAAGAUUCCUGAGUUUUUUGUUCAGCUGGAAUGUAAACUUCAUUAAAAUGAUACAUGGCACUGUUAAAAACCAAUUACAGUUCUUUCCAAGACACCUGAUGGAAUACAUUUCAGAAGUUUACUUCAGGGCCUGGAAGAAGGUGUCAGGAGAAUCCAUAGAGGUACUUGAACAUAACUGCAUUCAGGAUUUCAUGCAUCAUGGAAUUCAUCUUCCCAGGAGUUCUGCUGUUCAUUCUAAAGUUAGAGAGAUGCUGAGUUAUUUUCAUAAACAAAGUAAAGUUCGUCAAGGAGUUGAAGAAAUGCUCUAUAGGUUGUAUCAGCCUGUCCUGUGGAGAGCACUGAAGGCCAGAAACUCAGAAGUUCGAGCAAACGCAGCUUUUCUCUUUGUUGAUGCUUUUCCCAUCUGUGAUCCAAGAUUUAAGGCUGAAGAGAUGGACAAUGAAAUUCAGAAACAAUUUGAAGAACUUUUUAGUCUCUUAGAAGAUCCUCAUCCAGCUGUCCGCUCUACAGGGAUCCUUGGAGUGACUCAGAUAACAUCCAAAUACUGGGAGAUGAUUCCUCCAACAAUUCUUGCUGAACUUUUAAAAAAAAUAAUUGAAGAGCUGGCAUUUGAUGUAGCAUCUGCUGAUGUUCGAUGCUCUGUUUUUAAAUGCUUGCCAAUAAUUUUGGACAACAGACUAAGUCACCCGUUAAUGGAGCAGCUCCUGCCAGUGACCAAACACAGCCUUCAUGACAGCUCGGAGAAAGUGCGCGUGGCUUUUGUUGAGAUGCUGCUGAAAGUUAAGGCUACCAAGGCUGCUAAGUUCUGGAAUAUCUGUCCCGUGGAGCAUCUUCUGACUCGUCUGGAAUUUGAUUCACGGCCUGUGUCACGACGCAUAGUGAAUCUCUUGUUCAACUCUUUCUUUCCCACUAACCAACCUGAGACUGUGUGGUGUGAGCGCUGUCUUAGUCUCAUCCAGAUGAAUGCAGCAGCAGCCAGAAAGUUCUAUCAAUAUGCUUAUGAAUAUACUGCCCCCAUCAAUAUAGCUAAAUUGAUGCACAUUAUUCGGCGCUGCUUGAACGCCUGCAUACAGAAAGCAGUGAAGGAGAGUUUUGCUGACAGUGAUGAUGAUGAUGAAUGUGAAAAGGAGAAUGUAAGGUUUGUAUUUCAGGUGUUGUCAAUACAUGAUGUGACCAGCAUGGCAAGUCUUUUGGAGAUUACUGUGAUUCUCUGGAGAAGUAUCCGCAGAGCACUAGAUCACAAUGAAAAUGCCAAAGAUUAUGCUAUCAAGAAAUUUGCUUCUGUACUUCCUGAAUAUUUUGAAGUAUUUAAGGAUGAGCGUUGCACGACUCCGUUGGUUAUUCUGGCAUCAUUUAUGCCCCCUGCUGCUGUUCCUACAUUCAGCUGUGGUGUGAUUUCCAAACUCAGAAACAUUGACAGUGGAGCUGACCAAAGCAAAUAUUCUACCCUGAUCGACUGCAUGUGUUGCUGGGGCCGAGUGGGGCAAAUUCUGGAACUAGCCUGUGACUGGUUGUCUGACACACUAACCCCAAGAAAGAACACACAUCCAUCCAGGCGACGAGUGCGUAUCCACGUAACACAGGAAUCAAAACCUGAAUUAGCAAUUGAUUACAUUGAGUAUUUAUUGACUCAUCCUGUUAAUCGUGGUUACCUGCUUUCUGUUCCUAAAAAGAAACUGGAGGAGCUUUUGAAGAUUCUCAGUGCUGCAAAGCAGGUCCUUGGCUCAAUCCUGAAAGGAACUGAUGCAGAUUCUAGUAGCUGCAAUCAAGCAACUAGCCUAAGAGCCUUCAGCCUCUUUUGCAGGUUGACUAUUCAUCUCCAGCACAAGUUCUCUGAAGAAGGAGAAGACUACCUCUCACAUCUGAAGGAAACUGGUGCUUGGAUACAAAGUCAAGUUGUACCUUUUAUACUAGCACAUGGUCAAGAGGAUGAUAUUCCAAAACACAAUGUUGUUUCUGAAUUAAUUGUCCAGGCCUACCUGACAGUGUGUAAAGACAUCAUAAUGGUUGGCCUCGGCGACGUCUCGUUUCAGGCAUACCAUUUAGAAAUGGCUCUUCCAAUUAUACAAACAGGGAGAGGUGGAUUUUGUGCUCCAGUGUUACUGUGUAUUCUAAAAGAAAUUAUUGAAGCUUCUUUAACUCUGAAUACUGAGACAGAUGAAGUGGCAAAUCUUUUCCGCAGCGUACAGAACGUCUUGCAGAAUGUUUUAGAAUGUGUGACACGUAGGCUCAAGAAACAGCAGAAAGAAGGGAUCCAGUUGAUCCAGUCUAUUCAAGUGCCUCUGGGAGAAUUGGUACAUGCAGUGCAGUGCUGGUGUUCAUCGUUCCCAGCAGCUUCCAGUGAAAAAGACUUAACUAUACCAAAGGCUAUUUCAAACCUUCCCCUUCUUUCAAGCAGCUUGAUGACCAUAAUUAUGAAGUCAGUUAAUGUUGUCAGGUCAUUUUUAAAUGAAUUAAUGGAAUCCAUUCUCUCUGGAGAAAUUGAAGGGAUUUUCAGUCUAACAGCUGCUGUCUGCAUUGUGAUGGUAAUUAAAGGUAAGCACAAAGCUUCACUUCUAGAUGAUAUUGCACCUGCCAUUCAAAGGAAACUGAUAACAUGCAAGGAUGCUGCCACAGAAGAAUCUAGCAGCACUGAAAG